AUGGCAUACAGGCGUCGCGCUUCUCGGUCUCACCGCCGUCGCAGACGCCUGCGGCGAGCUGCCGUCGGCUGCCUUUCUCCCAGCGGGCGAGGGGAGGUGUCAAGCAGACAUCUCCCUCCGCCGUCGGAGACGCCCGUGAUGGUUAAUGCGUAUCAAGUUUUGUUGUUGUUGUCACAGUGUUUCACCACCAACGGCGCCCCGGCCUCCACUGCAGUGCCCCCGCGGCAGUUGGACUGCAGGCCGCUUGUCCGCUUGUCCGCUCAUGCCAGGGAGGCCUGUGUGACCGGGGGCCGGGCGAAGGUGUGGAAAAACACGAUUGGGCCGGCAGGUUUUCAGACUUGCUUGGAGCUGUUGCUGGACGGGUUACACUGGGGCCAUUUUGGG